UUUGUUAUAAAUAUUUAAUAGAGUUUUGAUUGUACUUAUGAAUGGAUAUUCAUCUCAAUUUAGUGAACUUCGUAAACUCUUUAAAAUCAAAGAUAAAAAGAAAAGAAUCAACUCCUGUAGAAACCAGGUGACGAUGUUUUCACAAUUGCUCCUCUCAUGGUUUGUUGUGGUAUUUUUUAUUAGUGGCUUGUUGAUUAACUUGGUUCAACUUUGUGUUCUACCGCUAUACUGGAUUCACCGAAAGUUAUACCACGUGCUUAUAUCAAAGUUAUGCUAUUGUUUAUACUCAGAAAUCACAUUCCUGGCUGAAUGGUGGAGCGAAAUAGACUUACAUGUUUAUGGAGCAAAACAUGAUGUCGAAAUGAUGGCUAAAGAAAAUUGGCUGGCAGUUUCGAAUCAUUUGAGCGAUAUAGAUUGGCUAAUUGCAUGGGUGUUUAGUGAAAGGACUGGUAUAUUAGGUGGAACGACUUGUUUUAUAAAAGACUCUGUUAAAUACGUUCCAACGGUUGGGUGGGCGUACUGGUUUGCUGAGUGGGGUUUUUUGAAAAGAGAUUGGAACAAAGAUGAACAACGAAUGAUCAACACUUUGAACACACUGAAGAAUGAUAAGCCAGCCUACUAUAUGAUGUUAUAUUGUGAGGGGACUCGAAGAACUGCUGCUAAAAUACAAGCUAGUCGUGAAUACGCACAACGCAACAACAUCGAGCCGUUAGAACACCAUCUACUGCCACGGACGAAAGGUUUUGCUUUCUCUGUCCAACAGCUUCGUGAUAACGUGCCUGCGGUAUAUGAUGUUGAGAUGGCUUUUCCAGAUGUCGAAUCAGCAACCAUCACAAAUCUUUUAAAACGAUCAAAAAUCGAAGUUCAUUUACACAUCAGACGUAUACCUGCUGCUUCUGUUCCAUGUUCAAGCACAGAAGAAGCUUCGAAUUAUUGUAUGCAAUUGUAUAGAAACAAGGACCAAUUAAUGGAACAGUAUGUUAAAACUGGUAAAUUUCCAGACCGUGAAGUUCAAAUUCGUCGUGGUUACUCCAAUCUUGUCACCUUUGCUAUCCAUAACAUCAUUGUAGCUUUCAUAUUUGUUUAUCUGGCGAAGUUAUAUGGUGUUGUUACUGUUGCUACUAUUGUGUUAUUGUUAGCAAUUAGCGCUUUUAGUCUUUUGGAAUUAUUAAAUCGAGUCACACAAACAGGAAAAGGUAGCAAAUUUGGUUUGAAAACAAAGAAAGCUGAAUGACUGAGACAUGUUCAUAGCUUCUUUUAAGAACGUAGCUACAAAAGACUAGAAUGAACAAGCUAUUUACGACGAAAAUUUUUUAGCUUCUUCAUUUUCUAAAUUCGUGUUUUUCUCCGAUGUGUUUUUAAAAUGAUGUGCAUAUAACCAGUAGCUGUACAUGUCGAUAGUUCCAAAGAUGUAAUUUAUUUACCGUGAGACGAUGAGAGCUUACUCGAUAGAAAGCUCCCAUUUCAAUGAAUUACGGUGUAGAUAUUUCUAAAUUAUUUUUUUUUUGAGUUUAUAACCUUUCUGGCAUUUGACAAUAUUAUUAAUUUGUCAGUUACACUUUUUUCACACAAUCGAGGUUACAUCUUAAAUAAUUCAAAUUUAGUUUUUUUUAUUUGGUUCAAAACAUGUAAAUUCGAUUUUACUGUUCCUGUUUUUCUUUGUUAUUUUUUGGUUAUAUACAUUUUAAGAAUUUAUUUUUACAUUAAAUUUUUAGUUAUUUUUGUAAUUUUAUAUUUUAUAUUACCUUGGAAUACCGAUUUUUUAUUUGAUUUUUAUUCUUUAAAUUUUUUAAUCAGAGGCAGUUGGGAACAACUAAAAAAUUAUGCCCUGUUAUUUUUGUGUUAUUACUUUUAAUGUUUGUGUUCUUUAGAAAAACACAUCCUACAUAA